GGUAAAGGGACAGUAUUGGGGCGGAGGGAGAACGGAACUUCCGGCUCACGCGCGAGAUAGAGGCGUGACUGCCACGUCCGUACAGACCGGGAAAGGAGAGGACCCCGGAGCCGCGUGAUGGCCAGAGGCCUGCGGGCCCCACACUGGGUGGCAGUGGGACUGCUGACCUGGGAAGCCUUGGGGCUGCUGGUGGCUGGACACGGGGCUCACGGUGACUCGCAUAAGGACGUGCAAGAGGAUUUCCAUGGCCACGGGCACUCACAAGAGGAUUUCCACCAUGGACACAGUCAUGCUCAUGGCCACGGCCAUACUCAUGAGAGCAUCUGGCAUGGGCACACCCACGGGCACGACCAUGGACAUUCACAUGGGGACUUGCACCAUGGCCACAGCCAUGGCCACUCUCAUGAGGACCCGCACCACAGAGGACAUGGAUCAGACCACGAACAUAGCCAUAGAGGCUAUGGGGAACCUGGGUCCCCAGGCAUCAAGCAUGACCUGGACACUGUCACACUGUGGGCCUAUGCACUGGGGGCCACAGUGCUGAUCUCAGCAGCUCCAUUUUUCGUCCUCUUCCUCAUCCCAGUAGAGUCAAACUCCCCGCGACAUCGCUCUCUGCUCCAGAUCUUGCUCAGUUUUGCUUCUGGGGGGCUCCUGGGAGAUGCCUUCCUGCACCUUAUCCCUCAUGCCCUGGAACCUCAUGCUCACCACACACUGGAGCAGCCUGGACAUGGACACUCGCACAGCGGCCAGGGCCCCGUUCUGUCUGUGGGGCUGUGGGUUCUCAGUGGAAUUGUUGCCUUCCUGGUGGUGGAGAAAUUUGUGAGACAUGUGAAAGGAGGACAUGGACACAGUCAUGGACAUGGACACAGUCAUGCACACAGAAGCCGUGGACAUGAAAAGCAGGAGCAUCCUGCAAAGGAGAAACCCAGUUCCGAGGAAGAAGAAAAGGAAGCAGGAGGGUUGCGGAAGAGGAGAGGAGGGAACACCAGGCCCAAAGAUGGCUCCACAAGUCCUCAGAAUCCCAAAGAGGAAAAAACAGGUUCAGACCUGCGUGUGUCUGGGUACCUGAACUUGGCUGCCGACUUUGCACACAACUUCACCGAUGGGCUGGCCAUUGGUGCAUCCUUCCGUGGGGGCCGAGGGCUGGGCCUCCUGACCACAGUAACUGUCCUCCUACAUGAAGUGCCCCAUGAGGUCGGAGACUUUGCCAUCUUGGUCCAGUCUGGCUGCAGCAAAAAGCAGGCGAUGCGUCUACAGCUACUGACUGCAGUAGGGGCACUGGCAGGCGCAGCCUGUGCCCUUCUCACCGAAGGAGGGGCAGUGGGCAGUGCAGUUGCUGGUGGUACUGGUCCCGGCUGGGUUCUGCCAUUCACUGCUGGUGGUUUUAUCUACGUGGCAACAGUGUCCGUGUUGCCUGAGCUGUUGAGGGAAGCAUCACCUUUGCAGUCACUUCUGGAGGUGCUGGGGCUGCUGGGGGGAGUCCUCAUGAUGGUGCUGAUUGCCCACCUGGAGUGAGGGGUGGGAGACAGCGUCCCCACCCACCCUGCUCCAGACCUCUUCCCUUAACUCCAGGGCAGGGGCCUGGGGGUGCUGGAGGCCCUGGGCAGGAACAUCAGCCACAGUAAUGUGUUGAAACCUAAGAGAGUGGCUACUUGGGCAUCAGAGGGGCUGUGGGGCUGAGAGGCAGGAGGGACCAGUGGGGAGCACUGCCUGACCAUAUUGUUACCUUGGGGGUAUGGGAGGCCAUGAAGAAGACUAAAGGGACAGAAGUGACAAUAGAUAACCGGUGGCUGCAGCCCCACUUACUUUCAGAGGACCACGCUGCCACAUAUGGUUCUCCAAGGUCCACCUUCCUUCGGUGGAUAGUCAGGGAAGACCAGAGCGCUGAACAGAGAGUCUAACAAGGAGUCCGGAGUAAACAUCAAUCGUGCAUCCUGAUUUUGGGGUGAUUUGGGGUCGGGGUGGGAGAGGGUUAGUUGGCCUGAUUUGUUUCUAUUCAUUUUUUUAUAUCACUGUUUAAAUCGAGGGAGAAGGGUAGUGACUGGAAAUAAAGUUCUUGGCUUUUCCGCCCCA